AUGUCCAAGGUACACGAAUUUGUCAACCGUCUCCUGCUUGUCUUAAAGGGGCAUAAAAAAGGCGGGUUUGGCGGAGCCAAGGUGAAAACUGACUUUGCUGCCAUUGAGGCAGCGGCCAACGAGGAAGCCAAACGACUGGAAAUGCUUCAACAGCGGCAAACACAACAACAGAAGGCCACUACCGCCCCCAUGACGGAAGAAGAGGAAACUCGCAGGAUAAUUUCAAUGCGUCUGGCUUAUCAGGAUAUUCAAGAAAAGCAAAAGAAAGAGGAAACCAUCAAGGAUCCCAAAAAAGCAGAGCAGGUAGAACGUUUGGGGAUGAGCAACUUAGCUGGCCGAAACAAGUAA